GUGACCUCCAAGACGCUAUAAUGGUGAUCGCUAACGCCGUGUACUUCCGGGGAUCGUGGAGGUAUCAAUUCCCUAGAGAUCAAACGCAACUGGGCAAAUUUUACGUCCCCGACGCCAACGGCUUCUUAACUAUAAACACCCCGUUCAUGUCGACGAAUAACAAGUUUUACUUUCUUGAAUCGCCGACUUUGGAUGCAAAAAUUAUAAGGCUCCCGUACAAGUUACUAUUUUCUGUUACAGAGAUCACAGUUGGAAACAAAUUUGGAGAACCACAGAGCUCUUUUCACGCUAACCACCCCUUCAUGUUCUACAUAGAAGAAGAGUUGACGGGAACGAUAUUAUUCGUUGGAAAAUGCGAAAAUCCACUGGAAGAAGAUCCUGCUUCUCUGGCUCCUCGACCUACGGAAUGAAGAAUGAAGAAGUUAUAAGUUUCCGAAGAACAUGUUCAGUAAAUUUUGAUUGCAACGUAAGAAAUCGUAGUUCAGUUGUGGUAAAAAAAGUUUGAUAUCGAUGUACAUUCGACUGUUUCGCUUUGGCCAAAGACAGGUUUUCAAUAAAAUAUUUUCAUGAUAAAAA